AAAAAAUUUAACUGCAGCAAGACAGGUAUUGCGACAACAGUGUCCUACAUCCCCACACAUCAUUUAGCUCUGCUGUUCCUACUCUCACUUCUCUCCCAAUCACCAUCCUAGUAAGAUAUUUUGAUCACUGACAACCGACUUGACAAUAAAAUUUUGCUAUGAGACUUGUAUGCUUGGUUGUUAGUUUACUUCUUGGCUUUUGUCAAGCUCAGAGAUUCGGGCUAUCAAAUGUAGUGUCUUUAACCAAUGGUAUAAUACCCAAUGUAUUACAUGCCUUAUCUUUUGACUAUGACAAUGUUGUAUAUUCGCCUUUUGGAUUAUCUACUAGUUUGGCAAUAGUUUUCGAAGGAGUAGGUAAUAAAUUAGCAGAUGAUAUGAUCAAAACUCUUAAACUUGACAACCCCAACCCUUCUGUUGCUAAGCAAGUUCUCAGAACCGGGUUCAAAUCAUUGUUAGAAGAAUUUGAGAAAGAAAAGCAUGCACAAGAUGUUGCUGGUUCAUACAACAAUGCUCAUCUCUACAGUACUACUAAACUAGUUCCUGAAUACCAGAGUGUAUUAGAAAACUUUUAUAAAGUCUCAAUCGUUCACAAUUCAACUUCAACAAAUUCAUCAGAACUUCAAUUGGAAAUACACACAGACACGGGAGUUAUGAGCCAUUGGAAAGAUUUUGACAAGCUAGCAGUAUAUACUUACCUUACUCAUCAUCCAGCAGCUCCCUUUAUAAGUGAAAAAGGUAUAACAAUAGAAGUGCCAAUGAUACCUCAAGUUGGGACUUAUAGAGCUGGGUAUAUUAAUCGAUUAAAAAGUCAAGCUGUUGAAUUACAUCUAGAGACCAAGCGAGCAAGUUUAUUUCUCUUGAUGCCAGAUGAAAGAAUCAAAAUAAGAGAUGUACUGGAAAAAAUGUUGAAGGAAAGCAUCGGAUCGCUUCCUGCAUCUUUGCCUUUAACUGAGAUUGAGGUUACUUUUCCACAGUUUGUUAUUCUAAAUAACGAUUUGGACUUGAGUAAAACCUUGCAGUUGCUAGGAUUAAAAGAUAUUUUUGCAACUAAAUCAGGACCAGUAAAAAGUAUUAAACAGAAUGCAUAUUUUGCAACAUCGUUUGUGAGUGUGAAUUCUAUUGGUUCCACAAACACAGUUUUACAUAAAAAGCUACCAAAAAGAGAAAAAAGGCAAAUCCCAAAUUCGCUUGUUUUUAAUAAGCCAUUCAUCUUUUUCCUAUUACACAAACCCACUAAUGUCGUUUUAUUGGCUGGAUUGGUUAGGUCACCAUCACAGGUACCAUGAUAACCAAUACAACUAAGUUUCAAACCUUGUGAUAAGAUUUUUAAAUACGUAGUUACCUAUUACACUAGUCAUUUUCAUUUAUCUUCACUUUUAAAAUUAAGCACUAACAAAGUAUAAUCAAAAGAUGAAAAGUACAAAAUGUGUAUUAUCAUAGAAUUUAAAAUUAUUGUAAUGUUACAAAAAUUUAUUAGAUAAUUUAACUAAAACUUACCAUUAUGAGGACAAAUAUUCAAUUUUGUAUUCUAUCCAAUUCUGAAUUUUC